AUGCCGCGCGGCAAAACAAAAGUUGCUACAAGUUUAAGUCUAAAGAGAAAAGUUGGAAACAAUGCGAGCGCGGGGAUUAAUGCCGAUAACGAAGAAGAGUUGAAUGAAAAUAUUAAAUCUGAGGAAAUAGAAAUCAAAGUAGAGCCACCAGAAUCGUCAGAAGACCAGCCGAUGUCCAGUAAAUUUGAUUUAAGUCAGUUCAAAUUCGAAAAGAAACCGCACGUUAAAAUUGAAUUCGAAAAAGAUUCUCCGGUCAAAGAAGAGCCUGAUACAAAAGGACUAUGGGAGCCACCAAAUUGGAAGGAGUUCCUUAUAAACUUGAGGAAUAUGAGAUCAAACAAUGAUGCACCAGUGGAUACAAUGGGCUGUCAUUUGAGUGGGGAUGCGAAAGCUGCACCUGAAGUCUACAGAUAUCAAUGUUUGAUAUCUCUGAUGCUAUCCAGUCAGACAAAGGAUCAAGUAACAUUUGCAGCCAUGGAGCGCCUGAGAGCUAAAGGGUUAACAAUAGACAAUGUUUUGGCUAUGAGUGAUGAUGAACUGGGCAAGUUGAUAUACCCAGUGGGGUUUUGGAAGACUAAAGUGAAGUACAUAAAGAAAACUACACAAACACUGAAGGAACAGUAUAAUGGAGAUAUUCCUGAUUCAGUAGAGAAACUGUGCAAGCUCACUGGAGUAGGACCUAAAAUGGCACAUAUCUGCAUGCUGGUAGCCUGGGAUAAAGUCACUGGCAUAGGGGUAGACACUCAUGUUCAUAGAAUAAGCAACAGAAUAGGCUGGGUGAAGAAACCAACAAAUACUCCAGAGGACACAAGAAAAGCAUUGCAAACAUGGCUGCCUUUUGAGCUCUGGAGUGAAGUCAAUCAUCUUCUGGUAGGUUUUGGUCAAACUCUUUGCCUACCAAUAGGACCAAUGUGCCAUGAAUGCUUGAAUAGAGACAUCUGCCCAUCUAGUGGCAAAGGCAGAAAGUCUCCUAAGAAAACUCCACUGAAAAGUGCAAAAAAAGAAGAUCAAAGUGAAAAAUCUGAUGAAGAGAAUGAAGUGAAGCCUCCGAAAAGUAGGAAAGUCGCACCAAGAAAAGAACUAAUUGAUGACAACAAACUAAUUUCGGAAACAAAUAAAGAUAAACUUUCUGUUAAACUUGAAAAUGAGAACAAAUCACCUCGCAAAAGAAAAGUAUCACCUAAGAAAAAAGAAAUCAAAGAUGAGGCAGUAGGGAUUGAAGAAGAUAUGGAUGAUUUUGCGACGAAACCUGUUAAGCUGGCUGUAGACACUGCACCAGGACCAAAGAAAAAGGUCACACCUACAAAGAAAUCUAACACAAAAGUAACAAAGCCACAAGAUAAUUUAGAAGAUGAAGAUAAGUUAACUGUUAAAACUGCAAACAUAAAGAAAGUAACACCAAACAAAAAAGCAAAGGCUGCUGAUGCACAGAAUGUUGAUGGAGAGAAUGAGAGUCAACAAAAUUCAAACAACAUCAAAAGAGGUGACAAAAAGAAAGUAGAUAACAUAGAAGUAACACAGAGUGUGAACAGUACAGAUAGUAAUACAAAGCCUAAAAAGUCAACACGAAAAUCGCCAAGAGUUAAAGAAACCAAUUGAUCUGAACCUGUCACAGAAAAUGAUAAUACUAGUGUUGUACAGAAGAAAACAAUAACAACUAAUAAGUGAUAUAUUUUUAUUAAGUUUGCAAAAUGCACGUUUCUUAUUAUCUAUAAGUAUUUUUGUUUGUACAACUUUUGUUAUUGUAACAAGUGGAUGCAGCUAAAAUUAGGAACAAUUUUUGAGAAUACCAUUUUGAUAAUUUGUUAUUUUUCUGUAAGGAAAUCAUGUGAAAUACCUCAUUAAUGUUAUUUUUGAUUUGAAAUAAAAAUAGAAACUA